GUUUCCUUCACUAUCUUUCAUUGGUUUCGUCUACGCUGAUCUCUUCCCUCGUAGAUAGUAACCUGGUUAUUUCAUAUAGUGUUAUCAGAUCUCUCCUACCUGCAGCCUGUUCUGCUUCACUUGCCUGUGUGUCGUGGAAGUGUCUUUUGUCUUUGCGUGCACUCUUCUUCACUUCUUUGUCCAGUGUAGUGUUCUAUAUGUUGUGUUCAGUUCUUUUUGUUUUUCAUCCUUGCACUGGUUCAUUUUCUGCUUCACCAUCUUCCUCUCCCUGCUCUGUUAGCUUCCAUGUAUCCGUCGAGAUCCAUUCCUUAUCUUCUUUCUUCUUCCUUCCUAUCAAGUUUAUGCAGGUUUCCUCCCAUGUCUCUUUCAAGGAGUUCGAGUGUUCUUCCGCACCGGAUUCUCCAGGGAUGUUGCUGAAUGUCUCCCAUUUUUUCCUGAUAGCUGACGUGAAGAUUUUCUUUGUAGUUUCGUCCUUCAGUUCAAUUUCUGUUCUGAGUGUUGAACUUGAACUGUGGUCUAUCACCAACUUCUUUGAAGGCUUUCAACUUGAUUUGGAAGGUUCCUUGCACUAGAUAGUGGUGUGAACCUACAUCUGGUCCCCCUUGAACUGAUCUUCUUUCCAGUAAGCUGCGUCUCCACUUUGCGCAUUACGAAAAACAUUUCCAACAAACUUCAGACAUAGGUCAUCAAUAGCUGCCGCGUACACUUACUCGAUACUAAAGAUCAGAUUGUGAGAAUAAUAAGUAACAGAGAAGUCACUCUGGCUGACAACGAACCAACAAGGAAGAAAGCUAUCGCCCAAAAAUAUGCUGAAGAUCGAAGAUACACUGAGAAGACUAUUUGUGGAAAUCACGCCUCAGGACAUGCCAGGCCGUCGUGUAGAACCCAAAGGGGGAGUAACUUGUUGUGCGUCCGAGC